AGCUUUAGCAUUAGCUUUGUUAGUGGACCUCUAUGCGUAGUCAGCUUAGCGGCUAACUCCAGUCUGGAAAACGUGUUCAGCAAGAUGGAGUGGCAGCCAGAUGAGCAGGGACUUCAGCAGGUCCUCCAGCUGCUCAAAGACUCACAGUCGCCCAACACUGUCACACAGAGAGCUGUCCAACAAAAACUUGAACAACUCAACCAGUUCCCAGACUUCAACAACUAUUUGAUCUUUGUCCUCACACGACUUAAAACUGAAGAUGAGCCAACUCGGUCUUUGAGUGGUCUGAUACUGAAGAACAAUGUUAAAGCCCACUACCAGAACUUCCCCCAAGCCGUGGCUGAUUUUAUUAAACAGGAAUGCCUCAACAACAUCGGUGACCCCUCGCCGCUCAUUCGUGCCACCAUUGGCAUCCUCAUCACUACUAUUGCCUCCAAAGGGGAAUUGCAAACAUGGCCUGAACUGCUGCCCCAGCUCUGCAACUUGCUCAACUCGGAAGACUAUAACACCUGUGAGGGCUCAUUUGGCGCACUGCAGAAGAUCUGCGAGGACUCGUCGGAGCUGCUGGACAGCGACGCUCUGAAUAGACCCCUCAACAUUAUGAUUCCUAAAUUUCUGCAGUUUUUCAAGCACUGCAGCCCCAAGAUUAGGUCUCAUGCAAUAGCAUGUGUGAACCAGUUCAUCAUUAGCAGAGCCCAGGCCCUAAUGGACAACAUUGACACCUUCAUAGAGAGUCUGUUUGCGCUGGCAGCAGAUGAGGACUCUGAGGUGCGAAAGAAUGUGUGCCGAGCUCUGGUCAUGUUGCUGGAAGUCCGCAUUGACCGUCUCAUCCCCCACAUGCACAGCAUCAUCCAGUACAUGCUGCAGCGAACUCAGGACCCUGAUGAGAAUGUGGCUCUGGAGGCCUGCGAGUUUUGGCUGACUUUAGCAGAACAACCCAUCUGUAAAGAGAUGCUGUCUGGACAUCUGGUGCAACUGAUCCCCAUCUUAGUAAAUGGGAUGAAAUAUUCAGAGAUCGACAUUAUACUACUGAAGGGAGACGUGGAGGAGGAUGAGGCAGUACCUGAUAGCGAGCAGGACAUCAAGCCCCGUUUCCACAAGUCUCGCACUGUCACCUUGCAGCACGAUGGAGGGGAGGGAGAGGAGGGUGAGGACAUUGAAGAAGAUGACGACGAUGAUGAUGACACGCUGUCUGACUGGAAUCUGCGAAAGUGUUCAGCUGCAGCUUUGGACGUGUUGGCCAAUGUGUUCCGCGAUGACUUGCUCCCCCAUCUCCUGCCACUCCUGAAAGGGCUGCUCUUCCACCCAGACUGGGUCAUCAAGGAGUCUGGCAUCCUGGUAUUGGGGGCCAUAGCUGAAGGCUGCAUGCAGGGCAUGGUGCCCUACCUGCCGGAGCUGAUCCCACACCUCAUUCAGUGUCUGUGUGACAAGAAGGCCCUGGUUCGCUCCAUUGCCUGCUGGACCUUGAGUCGCUAUGCACACUGGGUGGUCUCCCAGCCCCCUGACUCCUACCUCAAACCCCUUAUGACAGAGCUCUUAAAACGUAUCCUAGAUAGUAACAAGAGGGUGCAGGAGGCAGCCUGCAGUGCAUUUGCAACCUUGGAGGAGGAGGCGUGCACAGAGCUGGUGCCCUACCUGAGCUUUAUCCUGGACACACUGGUCUUUGCCUUUGGGAAAUACCAGCACAAGAAUCUCCUCAUCCUUUACGAUGCGAUUGGAACUCUAGCAGAUUCAGUGGGUCACCACCUCAAUCAGCCGGAGUACAUUCAGAAGUUGAUGCCCCCCCUAAUUGCCAAGUGGAAUGAGCUAAAGGAUGAAGACAAGGAUCUUUUCCCACUACUAGAGUGUCUGUCAUCGGUAGCCACAGCCCUGCAGAGUGGAUUUCUACCUUACUGUGAGCCUGUUUAUCAGCGCUGUGUCACGCUAGUCCAGAAGACCCUAGCUCAGGCCAUGAUGUACAACCAGCAUCCAGAUCAGUAUGAAGCUCCCGACAAGGACUUCAUGAUUGUAGCCCUGGACCUGCUGAGCGGACUAGCCGAGGGUCUUGGUGGCCAUGUGGAGCAACUAGUGGCUCGUUCGAAUAUCAUGACCCUGCUUUUCCAGUGCAUGCAGGACACAAUGCCUGAGGUGAGGCAAAGCUCCUUUGCCCUGCUGGGGGAUCUAACCAAGGCGUGCUUCCCCCAUGUGAAGCCAUGCAUUGCUGAGUUCAUGCCCAUCCUGGGGCUCAACCUGAACUCAGAGUUUAUCUCUGUGUGUAACAACGCAACCUGGGCCAUUGGAGAGAUCUCAAUGCAAAUGGGCGCAGAGAUGCAGCCUUACGUGGGCAUGGUGCUGCCACACCUGGUGGAGAUUAUCAAUAGACCCAACACACCAAAGACUCUGCUGGAAAACACAGCCAUUACUAUUGGCAGACUGGGUUACGUCUGUCCUCAGGAAGUGGCACCACAGCUGCAGCAUUUCAUUAGACCAUGGUGUUCGUCAUUGAGGAACAUCAGAGAUAAUGAGGAAAAGGACUCGGCCUUCCGAGGAAUCUGUGUGAUGAUCGGCGUCAAUCCAGCAGGAGUGGUUCAGGAUUUCAUUUUCUUCUGUGAUGCUGUGGCGUCGUGGGUCAACCCAAAGGAUGAUUUGAGAGACAUGUUUUAUAAGAUCCUGCAUGGCUUCAAGGACCAGGUUGGAGAAGAGAACUGGCAGCAGUUUUCUGAGCAGUUUCCUCCUCUGUUGAAGGAGCGCCUGUCAGCCUGCUAUGGCGUCUAACCCAACUCCUCCCUUGGUCCACUGACCUGUUAGGUUCAUGAAGGGGAGGGUAACAGGGGAACUCAUUGCACUGCCCAGAUCGUGGGGAGAAACUAGAGCUGGAGGGGUGUGUCUGGCCUUGACCCUCCACUCUGCAGAUGGCCUCCUUUUCCCCCCAUGCCCCGUUUGUCUCUGUGAGGGAGGGAGGGUGGGAGGAGGGGUGGUGGGUGUGGGAGGGUAGACUGGGGAUAUACACAUACCUCUCAGAUUAAACGCCUCACUUAAAUCCAACACACUCAAAAGUGACUUUGGCCAAUGACACUGCAGGGAUUCUAGGUAGGUAGGUGAGGGCAAAAUAGGGGCAGCGUUUGACCUCCCCCUCCGCCACUGAAUUAUUCUUAUGGGAUAGAUGACUGCUGGGAGGGGAGGGGGGUUGCAGAUAGGUACAAAAAGGAAUUAUCUGAACCAGCAUAGGGUGCCACAAUCCCAAAAUACUACCAUGCACGUAGAAUGAUUCACAUGUAGAUGUGUUUAAACCGGCUUGUGCCAGAGGCCAAACAGCAAGCAGAUGCUUUUCCUAAAUAAGGAAGUGCACAAAACCUUUUGCACCUUUUACUGCAAAACUGCAUAAACUUUUUGAAGUGCAUAAACAUGGGUCUUUCUUCAUAUGUAGCUGUAUUUAAUUUCCUUCCUUCCCAUGGUUGCUAAAUUUCUCAAACUUCAGGAUUUCAUUUCUCUCCCCUCAUCGGAGGCAAUAAAGAUGCAGUACAUCUGUCUAAGGUUUAUACCACCGCAGUAUCAAAUUAUUGCAUGGCAUACGAUCACCCCUCAAGUCGCAUGUUUGAGUGAAUGUCCAUCUUCUUGAUUUACACAUUAGUCAUCAGUACGGGGAAACUGCCAUGGUUUGAGGCUGUCAGGGGCUUGUUUUCUUUGUCUUACAUACUGUAUGUCCCUAUAGUUUAAAGAAGGCAGUGUUGAGACCACGUAUAGGUAGAUUAAUUCAGGAAUUCGGCACGUUUGAUGGAUGUUAAUGCAACAAGAGUUUAAUUACUGUAGGCAGAUCAAGAAUCCUAUUUGCUGCUGUAGCUUUGUUUUUAGAAUAUUUACAUAAUGGACUUAAUGAAAGCGAUAAGACAUCACCAAGAAUGAUUUGGUUCUUACUGGUAUAAAUGCACUUUUUCUGUUGUAAUAAAUUUAGAAUUUCUAAUGUAAGGCGUACAGUAAUAAUAUACUGAACUUGAGAUAGGUGAUUUUGUUUUUGAUAAGUGAUUUUAGGACUUUUGUAAGCAUGAUUAAUGUUAAGCAUUGGUAAAAUGACUUGGUAAGACUUCAGGCCUCUUAACAUAGUUUUUAUAAUGCAGCUCCUUAAAUGGACUGAAUAGGAUUUAAGAAGGAGGUGUAUUUAAGGUAACUUGGAUCCAUGUUCCACUGCACCUGUCAAUCCACACCUGGGUUUGAGGCUGUUUCCCACCUUAUCAUAGCUACUUUUGUUAAAAAUGGCUACAUUUGAGCCAUCCUUGUCAUGAUCAUCUCAUGCAUUUUGUCAAGACCCCCUCCACAGUUCUUCUCUAACCGUCCCUUUGCAGGGAUCUACCUUAUAAGAGUUUAGUCUCUGGCAAUGUAAGUUGUUGCUAGACUAAUAAGGUACUUCUCCAGCCUCUAAUCAAACUAGUGAUUGUUAUUGCCAUAUAUUUACCCGUUGAUACUGUGUAGGGUAUGACUGGGAUACAGAGUCCUAUUCAUCCUCCUCUGACACUGGUUAUCUUAUGAAUGGAGAUGGUGAUCUUCAGUUUUAUCUUGAUAUUUUCCUGAGCAGACUGUUGCAAUGGAAGUAUGGAUGGUUUUUCGCAGUGUUUACAUAAGUAGACAGAAUUUUGCACCAGUCCCACUUUAAAGUUAUGUUUGAAGGACAAACUGGGAGGACACUUUGAGUCUUGCCUGCUUUGAUGUAGCCCCCAGGUGUAAGAGCAUUUACCUGCCAGUUUGCAAUCUGAUUGCUGGGUUGCUCAAAAGCUCCUAAAAUGAGCAUUAUAAGGAAAGAAAAACCUAAAUCUGUUCCUCGUUGAAGAAGCAUACACACAAGCUUCUAUCCAUGGAUUAAACAUUUCUAGAAUAAGCAUCAGCAUGAUUUUUCUCAACAAAUGUGACUUUUUUUCUUUUUCUUUUUUUUGGCUGCUGACUAUUUCAAUAAGUUUUCUUUUUUCUUUCUUAGAUAUGUGUUACCAAUGUUAUAAGCUGUGACUCUUCCACAAAGAAUGCUGAUGUUUUCUGUGGGUCAAGUAGUAGCAUUGAAAUGUGAUCACGGGCUGGACAAGAGCCUGUGAGCGGCAAGGUUAAACGUUCAGUAGUAGGAUAUUUAACAAGAUUGUGGCUCUUGUGCUACAAGAAUUGAUAUAAAAAGGAAAACCAAAAUUAGGCUGUACCAUGCCUCAUGUCAUACACAGGAAGUACACAAAAUUCAGUUUAAUUCUAAUUGUCCACAAGUUCUAUAUUUUGUUUACUUUUAUUUUAUUGCAACAUGUUUUGUUUUUAUUUAUUUUUUAUAUUUUUUAUAUUUUAUUUCUUUGUGCUUUAGUGCACAAAUUUUUUUUGGACUUUAAAAGUUUUUUUUUUUCCUUUUUAUUCUUUUUAUUUAAAGAGAGGUUUGUUUUCGUUGUUUUACAGCGUACCAUCUGAUUAUAUCAAAAUUGACAAGAAUGGAUUGCAGGUGAGCAAGCUGGGGCGCACACCUCAGGGCAACAAAUUCACAACUCCUUUUCAAUCUGAUCAAGGCUGGCAGUUGAAUUUAAUGUAUCUUUCUUUUGCUGAACUGUGGUGCAGGUGGGAUGUAAUCUGAUGUAUCCCUUUUUAUUUAAUUUUUGUGGAUAGGGGAAAAUAAAAGUUUUUUUUCUAUCAAGCUUUGUUGUCUGGCUAAAAAUUUGUGUAUGUUAAAUACGUUGAAACAGUCUGCCUAGAGACGGACACCUACAUCAUGCUGGAAGCCUGUGGUACAAGGCUUCAUGGAGAGCUAUAAAACAUGUUACUGUUCUGAUUUAGCUAAGUAGAAAAUAUCUUAGAUGUUGGAGUGAAACUUGGAGCUCCUGAAAUUGGCUAAUAAACUUUGAAUGAAACCCUCUA